ACGCUCAAGUACGUACUUCAGCUUUGCUGAUUGUAGAAGCAUUCGUUGGAUGCCGGAAUUCAAUCCGCGGAGAAAAAGAACAAUGGAUUAUUUGGGAAUUGAUUUCAGCUGCGCCAUCGGAUCUCUACGACACGGCAAGUUCCCGGAGAAAGACUGCUUACUUCCCCUCAUCUCCAAACUCCUCGGCUAUUGCAUCGUCGCCGCGUCCACCACCGUCAAACUCCCCCAGAUCCUAAAGAUUUUGAAGCAUAGAAGUGUUAGAGGACUCAGUGUUGUGGCCUUUGAGCUUGAAGUGGUUGGUUAUACCAUUGCCUUGGCAUAUUGCCUUCACAAAGGACUGCCCUUUUCAGCAUAUGGGGAAUUGGCAUUUCUUUUUAUCCAAGCUAUAAUUUUAGUUGCUAUAAUCUACUAUUUUUCUCAAGAUGUGGGUACCAUGACAUGGAUCAGGACAUUACUAUUUUGUGCUGUGGCACCAACUGUAUUAGCUGGUCAAAUUGAUCCUGUCCUUUUUGAAGCUCUAUAUGCAUCCCAACAUGCGAUUUUUUUCUUGGCCAAGGUUCCUCAAAUAUGGGAAAACUUUAAAAGCAAAAGCACAGGGGAGCUUAGCUUCUUAACAUUCUUCAUAAAUUUCGGUGGUGCUAUGGUGAGAGUUUUCACCAGCAUCCAGGAAAAGGCACCAACAAGUGGUAUCCUUAUGUCCAAGCAAUUUGAUAUCCUUGACUCCUUUGAAGUUACAUUGGGCUCUGUACUUAGUGUUUUGACAAACGGCACAAUCCUGAGUCAAAUUAUCAUAUACCAAAGGCCGUGUGCCCAGAAGGAAAAGAAAGAGGAUUAAACACAAACUAGAAGUCAUCUCUGGAUAGCUAAAGUCUCAUUCUUAGCACAAUAUUCAGAUGCUGCAGCUGGUGAGCAAGUGUGGCAAAACAGUAUAUGUUUGUAUUCAGUUCCUCGAUGUUUCAAUGGGAUAGCAUUAGCAGUAGUCACGAUACAGAAAGGAUACCUGACACUCUUAAUUUAAUGUUUCAUGAUGCAGAUUAGGGUUGAGAGAAAGCAAUUAAAUAGCUCAAGAUUGUCUGUUCGAUAUUCCUUUUUAAUAUAUAUGUUUCAUUCACUUGUAUUUUCGUGUCAGUCUGAUCUUUUGAAUUGCAUUAUCAUAAUCUGGUGAUCUCUUAAGAAGGCACUCAAGAAUUAAGAUAUUCUGGAUAA